AUGUACUCCAAGAACAGUCGUGGUUACAAUGAGGAAGACGUGCCUGAGAUGAAAAGGUUUCGGGCCAAUCUUUCCGAUGCUUUUUUGUCUGGGCAGAUCACAGCUGCCAGGACAGCUUCCCUUUUCAAGGAUGCUCAAUCUUCUGGUGCCAGUGGUGUGGACGACUUGGCCGCUGCACAAGACAAGAAUGCAGCCAGAAGCCUAAGAAGGAAAAUGUUGAAGGGGUCCCACUGGCCAGACUGCUACUAUGCCGACAUAGAGCUGCAUGACCCCAAGCUGCAGGAGAACCGCCAGGUCUCCUUGCCGUUUUUGCUUCCCCAUGAAAUUCUGGGGAAGCUUUUUGAAUUUGGUGACUCAGCCUGGAUCCUGAGCCAGGAUGUGCUGCAAGAGGAUGCUGAGCUGAUUGAGAAGUUUUCUUUGUCGUGCCAGCCAGCGAGAGAUCCAGCGACAAUUCUGCCACUGGGGCUCUGGAAUGACGGGGUGCCUUGCAAUUGGGACAGGUCCCAAAGCUUGGAAGUUAUAGCUCUAAGUUUCCCAUCCAUUCCUGGCCUUCGAGUUCCGCUGUUCUGUCUGAAGAAGAUGUUUGAAGCCAAGAAGUGUACCAUGGAUGCAGCCAUGAAGGUUUUGGUGUGGAGUUUCGAGCAGCUGGCUCUUGGAAGGUAUCCUUCUCGAAGGCAUGAUGGCAGCCCCUUCGAUUUACGGGUCGACAAGGCACGUCUUCGUCUAGCUGGGUCAGAUUUGCCAGGGCGGCUGGAAAAUUUCAAGGAUACCCUUUCCCUGCCUGCACACAACGAAAACAAUGGUUGCUGCUGGAUUUGUCCCAUGACACCUGAUAAAGUGCACGAGGUGGAUUUGCAGGCCUCCUGGAGACAUCAAUAUUUUGAUCAGGAGACCUUUAUCAUGAGGUGCUGGGAGGAGCACAGGUUCAUGAGUGCUGUGUGGCAGUUUCCAAAUUUUUGUCUCAAGGUCAUCAGGUUGGAUUGGCUGCAUAUUAUGGAUUUGGGUUGUGCUGCAGAUGCUGCUGGGAAUGUUCUGUACCACCUGCAAAGCAAGAUGCCUGCUUCCAAUAUUACCAAGCGAACUGGGGAGCUCUACAAAGAGAUUUCGCAGGAGUACAAGAACCAGGGUGUCGCAUCCGAUCGACUGGCCACAUUGACAGAGACCAUGUAUCGCAAGGAAGCUGGAAAAGCUCCAAAGCUCAAAGCCAAAGGUGCAGAAACCAGAAAGUUGAUACCUAUUUUGGAUGCUGUGUGCCGAAAGUUUCUGGACAGCUCAGGGGAUCUGGAUUCGGUAGUUUUGGCUUGCAUCUCUUUGGUUUUGGCAUGCUAUGCUGCUCUGGAUGUCGAGCCCUACGACCCCAGCCUCAUGGAGCGAGAGGUCAGAAGGUUUGCUUUGCAGUAUGUGUCUUUGAGGGAUCACUUUGGUGACAAUAUCGCCUGGCGAGUUAAACCGAAGCUUCACCUCCUCCUGCACCUUUCGCAGAGCCCUACAUGUCCAAAGGACAUCUGGUGCUUUUGA